AGCUCCGCAACGAGAGAGGUAAAAAGACGGAAGACAAGCCUUUCCCGAAGAAUGAAAUUUUACGCGAGAUGUUGUCAUCGUGCGAAUGUGUCUUGUGAAUGAAAUAUCAACGCGAGAUCGAUGAAUGCGAUUUUUUCAUCGACAAAAAGUAUACUAGGACGGAGCAAAUCUGAGUAAACGUGCACCAUUUCGGGAAAAAAAAUGACAGUCCGUUUUCCGGAAGUGAUAAGAAGUGGAUCGGAAGUGGAGGGUGGUUUGUCAGGACCGGCCAAUCUAAUACCCAGCCAGUCAAUCGAUUGCGGUUGCGGUCAGAUGCAAUGUCCAAAGUUGGCGAAAUUUGCUACGCGAAAACUCUUCGUGGGAUUGAUUUGCUGGAUUGGCGUGGUGCAAGCCGCAUCGUAUGCUUAUUUUCGUGUGACAGGAUCGACGAUAGCUAGAAGAUUUCUGAUUGAUCCUUAUUUAAUGGAAUGGAUUCUUGUUGUAGCAGAAUUGACGCCUUUUAUCCUUGGAUUAGUAGUAGCGUACUGGGGCGAUAGAAUACACAGAGCUUCAUGGAUAGGAGCUUUAACCCUUUUACAGAGCGUUUCGUUCUUCAUAUUGAUAAUACCUCAUUUAACACAUCGCGUUCGCGUGAUUGAAGAAACGCUUAAUGUCACUCACAUGUCAUUAUAUGCCGAUGAUAGUCCAGAAUUAUGCACUUCUGGAUUGUCCAGGAUUAUCAUAGAGGAGGAAGAACCUUGCUACUUUACUAUGGCCAUCCUGAUUUUAGUAUCGAUUGUAACUGGAGCAGCAAAUAUAUCAUAUUACGCCCUAGGAAUUUCCUAUUUGGACGAUAAUACAAAAAUGAAGCACGUGACCGCCUUCAUCGGUGUAAUUGUCGCUGUAAAAAUUAUUGGAGUAGUUUUCGGAUAUUUUCUAGGCUGGGGAUGUCUUGGGAUAGACGCGGAAAAUUUCGACAUCAUAAAAUCAUAUCAGGAUCAAAUCGGAGCAUGGUGGCUUGGAUUUCCGAUCUUAUCUAUAUUAUUGGUGAUCCCUGGUUUGUUACUCUCGUGGUUUCCCCGAAGAUUACCCUCAGUGGUUGUCGAGCAAGCUGCAGCUUCACUUUUUGAUCAGUCUGCUAUAAAUAAUCGAGCACCUCAUCGAACGAGCGCUCAGAAGGUGGGUAGCUCCGAUUUUUGGCCGUCAUUCUGCAGAUUGGUUACUAAUAAAAUUUUGAUGUGCAACAUCCUGGCGAUGAUAUUAUGUGCGAUAGCGCUAAUAAAUUUUAUGAUGCACGAGGAUAUUUUCUUGGAAUCCAGAUUUCACGUACCAAGACCGACAGGAAUGCUCCUUGGAUUUAGCGAUCCUCUGUCGUCUAGACUAAUCACCACUAUCAUGAGACCCGUUCUGAUUGGCCUAAUUGUAAUCAUCAGUGGUUUAGUCUUAGCUAAAGCGAAGCCGCGGGCAAAGUUUAUUAUUAGUUACAGUCUCAUCAUCAUAAUUUUUACAGUGGCGAUUAUCAUCGCGCUGAUCUUCGUCACCUGCGAUAAGCCGUCUAUCGUUGGUUUGGAUAAAGGCUCCAAUGGACUGUUGAAAUACUGCAACAAGAAUUGUCGUUGCUCAAAAGAUUCCGAUUUUCGACCGGUUUGCGACAGCUCAGGAAAGUUCACAUACUACAGUCCUUGUUAUGCCGGCUGCGCCACAAACAUUUAUGUUGACAACGUCAAGAUUUACAGUGGUUGUAGUUGCGUGGAGGAAAUGACAGGAUGGGGUAACGAUCAAGCGAAGGACGGUCCGUGCGAAUCAAUUAAAUGUCAGGCUGGCUGGAUGCUUUUUGAAUUUGGAACUUUGUUGGCGUAUGCGUUAGUCGCUUCCACUUUUAUAGGAGACUUAUUGAUCAAUAUAAGAUCCGUCUACAAGCAAGACAAGGCCAUCAGCAUAGGUUUUUCGAUGACAUGGAUCGCGAUUUUUGUUUACCUUCCCGGCAAGAUUCUCUACGAAUACGUUUCGCGUGAGGCCUGCCGAUACUGGGGUAAUCAAAGAGCGAUCUGCCAUUUACACGAUAGCGAAAAACUCGCCGAUUAUCUGUGCUACUUAACGAUCCUAUUCUUGUCCCUGUGUGUCUUAUUCAAGAUUAUCCUUUGGUUUCUUUGUAAGAAUUUACAGCUAUACGAAGAAGUCGAAAGUAAAGAGGAUCAAGAAAAUGUGCUGCAAGAAUUAAUCGAACAAUCAGCAAUAACUGAACAACAGGAAACAAUACAAGAAACAAGAAAUACUAAUGACACAACAAGACAGGUGGAAGUGGUUAUCGAAGCAGAAUCAAGGAUACUACCAGAAACAAGUGUGUCGGAAGAUAAUCCGUCAAAGGAGGAUGAAAAAAUGCAAAAGAACGUACCACUGAAAUAUGGCCCGUUGGGUCAGGGCGAUCGCCGAUCGACGGGCUCGAAUCCCUCAACAAAUCACAAUUCGCGAUCGAUGAUUCGAAAUCUCGACUUCGAGGAUGACAGCUCGAGCGACGAGAGUAAGAAAGAAUCGAGUCCGCGGGUCGCUUAUGCACCGCUGGAACUUGACUCCGACGUCGAGAGCGAUCUGAGUAGCACCGGGCCGAGAUCGAGGAAGCGUGUUCCGAGCAAAGAUUACGAUGAGAACGAUCGUUCUUCAUCCAAAAAUUCCUCUAUAAAACGCUGGUUUCCAAAUCCUGAUCACUACGAGGAUCCAUUACGAGCCAGGAGUUCUCGAUUCAAAAAGUCGAACGGUUAUCAGGAUGGCUCCUCGAAAACAGGUAGUUUCGAGUUCUCGAAGAAGGGUCAAGAGAGCAACGUGUCCAAACAGGGUGACUUCAACGAAGUUGGCAUACCGAUAGUGGAUCCAUUUCCGGAAGGAAAGGGCAACUCUGGCGACACGAUGCACUCGAAGGACGUCAAGUCGUUGAUCGAUCGAUAUGAGCAGAACGUGAGUCAGGAAACUCUGAAUGAAGAUCGGUUAUCGGUGAAGUCGGCGGAGGACGUGAGGAGUCGACCGGAGAACAAGAUGGGUAUACCGCUAGUAGCUAUGGUUCCUGGCAGGUCGUCCUCUCGAGGACGAUCCUCUUCGGGCUUCGGCAGCUUGCCGGAUGUGCAGAACAAGAAUUAUGAUCUACAUUCGGAGAGACACGCGACUCCAAGCCCAAAAAGUUCCGCUAAGGGAAGCAAACCAACGUAUCAGACCGACUUGUGAAAUAACGACGCGUGAUCACUUUAAUGCGAUGAUAACGCGUGACGCACAUGAUAGUGACGGGUGAUUCCGCGAAUAUUUAUAAACGCAUAAAUAAUCUAUUAAUAGAAUAAAGUGUUAUCAUUCUAAUUUAUAUGCAGUGAAAUAAGAGUUUCUAACGAUACGGAACAAAAGUGUGCAUAUAAUACUAUCUCUUACAUUUAAAAUAUAGAAAAUAUUCGAUUUAAUUUGAUAUUUAAAUAGGUAAAAUAUUUGUCGCGAUGUAAAAACAAUGUUCUUUUUCUUUAAUUACAAAACAUCAAUUGUAAAUUAUGAUUAUCAUAUGUAUGUAGAAUUGACAUUCUGCCAUUAACGAAUAUU